GGAGGCAGCGGGGUUGAGGACAGGAUGGAGGAGAAGAAGCAGUUUCUUUGUGGGGUGGUGGAAGGAUUCUAUGGGAGGCCGUGGUCUAUGGAUCAGAGGAAAGUUCUCUUCCAAUGGAUGCAGAGUUGGGGGUUGAACACCUACCUGUACGGUCCGAAAGACGACCUAAAACACAGACUGCUGUGGAGAGAAGUCUAUUCUCCUGAAGAGGAGGCUCAGUUGCGUACGCUCAUAGUGGAGGCCCAGUCGAGAGGCCUGAGGUUUGUUUACGCCCUCUCUCCUGGUCAGGACAUCGUCUUCUCUUCUGCCUGUGACCUGACGCUGCUCAAACGCAAGCUGAGACAGGUAUCAGACCUGGGUUGCCAGGCGUUUGCCAUUCUGUUUGAUGACAUCGAUCACUCCAUGUGUCAGGCCGACAGCGAGGCCUUCUCUUCAUUCGCCCAUGCUCAGGUCAAUGUAACAAAUGAGAUCUAUCGGUUCUUGGGGGAACCGCCCGUCUUCCUCUUUUGUCCAACAGAGUACUGUGGUUCUCUGUGUUCUCCCAGUGUAUCCAAGUCUCCCUACCUGCAGACUGUAGGAGAGGACCUGCUCCCCAACAUAACUGUCAUCUGGACAGGCAGUAAGGUCAUCUCUAGGAAACUAUCUGUAGACUGCCUGGCUGAGGUGGAGUCUGUCCUCCAGCGCCCCCCGCUCAUCUGGGACAACCUGCAUGCUAAUGACUAUGACUCCAGACGUCUCUUCCUGGGGCCUUUCAAGGGUCGGGAGCCUCAGCUGAGGAGCCACCUUAGGGGCCUGUUGCUCAACCCCAACUGCGAGUUUGAAGCCAAUUACAUCCCACUGCAUACGCUGGGAAGCUGGUACAGAGCUGGAAAAGAGGAGAGGAAAGAUGAGGAGUGUGAGUACUGUCCUGAUAGAGCUCUGUCUGCUGCACUACAUGAUUGGAUGGAGGAACUCAACCAACCACUGCAAGCAGGUCGACAGAGCACACGAGCAGACCAGCGUUCCUCUGCUCCAACAUCUCGUUGCAAAACUCCUGACAGAUCUGACUGCCCCUCCACAUUCAGAGGCAGCUCUGCUGUGGCCAAACUACCCGUCUUCCCCCUCAACUCCAGCUCACCUCCGUCGUCACCCACUAAGGUCAAAGAGGAAUGGGAGGAGCGAGACGGGGAGAACAAGAGGUCAAAUCAGCCUAGUCAACCCAAUCACCAACCUCCAGGAUCCAGACCUGGAGCACCAUCAGGUGGAAGCCGGGGACAGAAGGCCCAGGGUCGGGGGAUCUGCGGUGGGAAGGGUCUAUUAAGUGAGUCCCAGGUGCGGCUGCUGGUUGGUCUUCAUUAUCUUCCCCAUGAACACGGCCCAUCUGCCCAGAAACUGCUACAGGAUCUGACCUGGCUUAAAUCAAACUGCCAACUGGUCAGUGCCAACACCAAGAAGACACCGCCUCAGAAGAUUGAUGAGUGGCGUGGUCGGGCCUCCAGGCUCCUGUCUCUGUGUGAAGACAUAGCGCAGCUCCACUGCAGCGUGGUGGGCGGGGCCAACAGGGCUGUGCUCUAUGACCUUUACCCUUAUGUGUGGGACCUGAGGAACACGGCUCUGGUGGCAAAGGCCUUCAUAUGCUGGCUGGAUGGACGGGUGUUGAGUGACAGCUCCACCCUGGGCUCCUGGAGGAACUGCUUCCACUGGUGUGGCAAGACCACAGGAGCCGACCUACUGGGAGUCGAGUCGGAGCCAUGGGUGUUUAAAGGGGGGGUGUCUGGGGAGGUGCAGAUGCUUCUGCCCAUAGGCAGCAGCAGUGAACUCUUCAGUCAUCCUCCUCCUCUCUUCCCUACCUCUCGUCUCUAUAACAUCAGGCCCUACCACAGCAAGGACAAGGUGGAGUUGUAUCGGAUGGUCCGCCAACUUCACCUGAGGACUCAGGGUGGUCAAGAAUCUAGUAUUGCUCACCCAGAUGUCAUAGGAGACAGAUGUCUCGGGCCGUGCCUGGCGUUGUGCCCAGAGUAUAGCUUUAUCCUGGAGGAUGAGCUGGGUGUGUGUGGCUGUGUGUUGGGCAUCUUGGAUGUUCGCUCUUUUGCCAAGCGGUGCCAGGCCACCUGGAUGCCCGCCAUGAGGGACAAAUAUCCACCCAAGGGAGGCAAUGCACACCCCAACACACAGGACUUGAUCCAGCUGAUGGAGGAGGACCAGGGUGAGUACCCGGACUCCCUCCUCUAUCACUUCCCCUCUCAGCUGCGACUGGAUGCCCUGCCGGAGCUGGUGGACAUCAGCGUCAGCCGCACCCUGCUCACCGCCCUCCUUACCGCACUCAAGGCAAACGGUUCUCAGGGUGUGUUCUGUGAAGUGCAGCCGACAGACCGUCAGAGGCUGGAGUUCUUGACAAAACUGGGCUUCCUGGAGAUCCUCAGAGGAGAAGCCAGGAGCAGAGAGGGAGUGGUGCUGGGGAGGCUGCUCUGAACAUAAAAACACAUACACACACACACACACACACACACACACACACACACACACAUGCACACACACACACAUGCGCCUGGUCACACACGUACACUCCGCUAGAAACAUGUAACGACACUUGCACCAUGCAGUAGAUACACAAAGGCACUUGCUUACACUGAAAGAAGUUAGAAAAUAUGUUUUCUCCAUCAGGAGAGAAAACCUUUGUGAAGGAACAGUCCUGGAUUGCUUUGAGUCUGUGUGGCAGUAAUGGGGAUGAACCCAGAGAUUUCUGAGGGAUUUACAAAAUAUAAAAUAAGCCUUGAAUUGAAACCUUCAGCAGAGCUGUGCUAAUCUUUCCUGGUUCUUCCCCUGUCUGAGGAUUACAAGGUUUAGUCAAGUUUCAAGGAAGUCAGUAACAGAAUAGGUUGAUGCAGGAGCAGAGCGCUAAAUCACAGCAGCAGCAAAGUUCUCCUCUCUAUCAUAUGGAUCUUUUUAGUGGCUAUAAUCAAUAUUUUUAUUAAGAAUGGAUCACAUGAUUGCUUGGAUGUAAAAUGGACCGAUCAUAGUGACAUGGAGCACCCACAGAGAAAUAGCAUUCAACGCUGCAGUUCUCCUCAGAUCUGCAGGAGCGUAUUAGUAUCUCUCGUUUUGUUUUUUUCUGGUCCACAACUUUACUCUUUCACUCACCGUCAUCAGUGUCGUUCCCAGUCGCAGCAGGCGAGGCUUCAAGGAUCUGCCCUGCUGAGGUGUCCUUAAGC